GCCGGGAGCCGGGAUCGGGCCGGGCGGCGGAGGCGCGGGUCCGUGGAGCUGCGCGGUGAGAGCGGGAGGGACGGAAAGAGGAAGGAGGGAAGGAAAGAAAGAAGGAAGGAAGGAAGGACGGACGGACGGAAGGAAGGAAGGAAGGAAGGAAGGAAGGAAGGAAGGAAGGAUGUCCCGGGUGCCGGUGGGGAAGGUGCUGCUGCGGAACGUCAUCCGGCACACGGGCGCACACAACAAGAUCCAGGAAGAGUCGGAGAUGUGGAAGAUCCGCGAGUGGGAGAGGCAGGCAGAGGAGACGUUCUGGCGGCGGCGGAGCAAAGUGCUGUCGGACACCUCCAGCAGUCGGAUGCGCAGUGAUGGCUUUGAUGAGGAGGGCCACGGGGCUGACUGGAAAACAAAGAACUCCCGUUUUCUCAACCCAGUCGAAGAUGAUCUUUUGAGAGCACGGUCAUGGAAUAAAAAACUCUACGAAUGUGAAGCCAACAUGCCAGACAGAUGGGGCCACAGUGGCUAUAAGGAGCUGUACCCUGAAGAGUUUGAUACAGAUAGUGACCAGCAAGAAGGAGACAAACAAAAUGCUGUCAAUGGAAAGAAGAAAUCUCAUCUGAGAAAACAAACUGCCCACGAGUUGCACAAAAGGAAAAAAACAAAGAAAUCGCACAAGAAAAAGCAAAAAAAGAGAUCACACAAAAAGAGGAAGAAAAAGGACCAGGGAAGGUCAUCGUCAGAUUCCUCCAGGGAGAGCGAAUGCUCUGAAGAGGAGACUUCAAGCACUCAGAAGGGGAAACACAGGCGCAAAAAGAAGACCAGGAAAGUGCCUGCUAGGGAACCUACCUCUUCCUCUGGGCAGGAAAGUGACUUUUCCCAUGCAAGCCGCUCAACCAUCAGCAGCUCUGAGGACAAUGAAUCUGAGGAGAAAAAAGAGAAACACUUCACUAAAAAGAGAAAGAAGCGUCACAACUCUGUGUCGGAGCGGCACAGCGAAGUAGCAGAGAAGAGGAGCAAGAGAAAGAACUGGAAAGUGGCCGCUGACGAGAAGUCGGAGGAGAGCUCAGAGGAGGACUGAUGGGGAGAUGCUGAGCUCGGGCUGCGGCACAGACAACGCGAUAGAGGACAGAGGCAGGUAUUUUUCUUUCAGCACUGUGGUUUAUACGUCCUGCCAUCCGCAGGGGAGAUGCUGAGCCCUGGCAGCCAGCUGUAGCUUCUCCCCUGCUUUUCACUGUUUUGAUGCUCAGGAAAGCAGGGGACCAGUUACCUGUCUUGCACAUUGGCUAGUUCUGCCAACUUGAGGUUUUCUUUAUAUGACUGGUUGGUUGUUGAUGAACAAAAGUGUUACAGGCUGUCUGCAGGGGAAUUCAGGCAUGUUUGCACCGUUUUAUUUUUUUAAAUUAAGUUUUAACAGUUUGGA